AUGCAGCUCUUUAUAUCCCCGUCUAAACGCGAUAUAAAAGCUGUCAAAACGGAACUUGAGAAGCGGGAGCUGUUUGACAAAACCACUGGAGUGAUAUCUCAUGAUGGAAGCAUGUUUGUGGCUACCACUGUGACGGAAGGGGGGAGAGAAACAAGUGACGGGUUCGUUGAAAUCACUGAUCCGUCGAUAAACGUUUCCUCGGAGUGCAAAUACUUUGUCCGCGAGAGAUCUCCAGAUCAAAAACACCCCUCUAUAACCGACGACAUGCCAAAGAGAUACACGAUAUACGGCUCCAUGGCUCUCUUCACAGCUGGCUCUUUUGCUGGCUGGGAAAAAACCAAGAUCCAGCGCGCUUUGACGGAAUGGUUGAAAGAUAAGCCUGGAGUGACCCAUGUAGCUGUCAACAGUCCGAUUUCUAAGCAACAAAACGUGAUUCGGCAUCCUGGAAUCACCCGGUUAGUCGGAGAUUGGGGUCCGUAUCCUGCUGAUCACCCUAUGCUGUACGACCAUCCGACUUCUGAAGACUUCCACAACGCCUACUGGGUCACCACUACUCAGAAUGAUAUCAAACAGUGCUGGGCUCCUAUGUACACCAUGUUCAGUCGGGGCAACAUCAAAGAGAAGGCUCGAGUAUUGAACUCGCCGAUAUUCAAGUCCUCUUCCAAUUCUCUGGUGGUUGAUUUGUAUUGUGGAAUCGGCUACUUCUUUCUGUCGUACGCACAACUCAAGCCGAGGCUCAUUCUAGGAUGGGACAUCAAUGCCUGGUCCAUCGAGGGGCUGAGAAGGGGAGCUCAGCUGGCCAAGUUGAGUCUUCAAGUGGUCAAGGAGGGAGAAAAGCCGGACUGGAGCAAGGUGGGACCUCCAGGAACUACACAUGCCAUUGUCUUCAAUGAGUCCAAUGAGAAGGCCGUUGAGAGAAUUGAAGAGCUAAGGAGGUUCAAUGAGACAACGACUAUGGAAGCUCUACCUCUGACACACAUCAACAUGGGUCUGCUACCAGACUGUAAGCAGGCAUGGGGCACUGCGACGUCUCUGGCGCAGUCAGGGGUCACUACUUAUCAUGUUCAUGAGAACGUCGCUAUGAACGAGAUUGAAGAGUUUACCAGGGAAAGGGGGAAGGUGUUUGGAAAGCAUUUGCAUACGGAGAUGGUAAAAACGUUUGCUCCAGGAGUAGGACAUAUUGUGUGGGAUUUCAUAAGUACUUGA